AUGGCCACCUCUUUGUCUGGACUCCGGAGAAGAAGGAAAGAAAAACUGAAAAAAGAGGUGGUAAGUACUAUGAUGAGUGGUGAUAGUGAUGGCGAGAGAGAAACAAAGGUGACAGAGGGGCUGUCAACUACCAACAGCAGAUUUCUGACAUUUUUUGCUAUUUCUAUGGCCCUGGUGAUUACCUCCAGGUUCUGCUUGCUCCAAGUUGCUACUUCUUUUCCUGCUUCAGCAAAGAAGCUUUUUGUCAUCCGCUGCUAUCUUUUCGUGCCCCUCUUCAUUUCCUCUGGCUUCUGCUUUCUACAAAUUGCUGCUUAUUUUCAUUGCUUCGGCCAAAAACAACAACAAUUGCUAGCUGCUUUGUUCUCCAUUCUCUGUGUUUGCCACUUUAACUUCUUUUGCAUUUACUUCCUGUCUAAUUUGCCUACUUUGCCGUUGGCAAUACCUGUACCCUGUUUCUGUUGUCCUCUUACAAGUCUCGUCACGUACCGUAUCAUGGAUAGAAAUGCAAAACGCCGCCAACGUUAUGCAGAGAUGCCCCGAGAAAGGAAGGCAGAACUUUUACGCUGUCAGCGGGCAGCUAGCGCGCGUCGCUAUGUACAAAUGCCCCAGGCUAAAAAAGAUGAUCUUUUACGCCGUCGGAGGGAAGCUAAUGCUUCAAAGAAAAGACAUAUGCCCCAUUCUGCCUCUGAAUGCGUUCUAAAACUUGGCCCUUCUAAGAGACAAUGUCCAGAUUCCACUCAAACAACUCCGUUAGAUCCCGUAGGCCUGUCCAUUACUAUUCCAGGUGCUUCUGUGCACGCUUUUUCAAAUCAAAAUGCUGAUCUUCUGAACAAUCAAGAUUCAGCCCGUACAGCUUCAUAUGCUUUUGCCGUUCAUCCAGAGAACGUGUUACCAUGUGCUCGCCUACCUCACCUGCUGCCCUCUACAAAUGCUUCACUGGAAUUUGAAAAUCAUGCUUCCUCUUCUGUUAUUGCAAGUUCCCUUCCGUCUACUGUUCAGCAAGGAAAUGCACCUAACUUUAGCGCUGUCCAACGUCCUUCGGUGUCCACAAAAACAUGCAGCUCAGGUUGCAUUCUAAUUGUGUCAAGUUACAUCCUUUUAUCAUUAUCUUUCCCCACUUUGUUCAUGUCCAGCUUAUCCAUGGAACAAAAAAAUCAACAAGUGCCCUUUGUUCCAGGUCAGCAGCGAAUAUCUAGGACCGCUAUUCUCCCUCGUUUAGAAAGGAUUCCUGACCAUUCUAUGGUUCUCAUUGAGUCUCCAAACUGUCAGCACUGUGGAGCUAUACGGUUCCAUUUAGAACCUCCUAAUUUCUGCUGUUCAGGAGGCGAAGUUUCGCUGGUCACUGCACCGAUGCCUUACGAUCUUCGCCGCCUCUUUAUCGGUGAUGAUGAAGAGUAUGAACAUUUCAGGAAGAACGCUCGCACAUACAAUAACAAUGUUUCUUUCACUACUUUUGCUGCAAAAUAUGAUCCAGAACUAACAAAAAAUAAGCACGGUGUCUAUACGUUUCGAGUGCAGGGUCAAGUAUAUCACUUCCUUGAUAGUUUGGUAUCGCAGCGUCGUAGACCAUCUGGUAUUCAGUUGUACUUUUUUGAUACCGAUGAGGAACUUGCAAGGAGGCUUGAUGGUUCCUCUCGACUGCGCGAAAGUACCCUUAAAUUGCUCAUGCGCAUUCUAGCUGCCAAUCCUUAUGCUAGAUUCUUUAGGGAUUUGCGUCAUGUUCCUGAUCUUCAACACCAUAGAAUUGUUCUUAAUUGCAAUCCUGCUCUUGAUCAGCGUACAUAUAAUCUUCCAUCAGCUUCUCAGGUUGCUGCUAUAUGGAACGAAACUGAUGAUGAAUCAGUUGAUAAGUCAGUCCAUAUUCAGGUUUAUAGUCAUUCCGAUCAGAAUCAUGUGAUUAAGCAUUAUUAUGCUUGCUAUGACUCUUUGCAAUACCCUUUAUUAUUUCCUCGUGGUGAAUCUGGAUGGCACCAUGGAAUUCAAAGGAUUACGUGCGAAAAUAGAAAACGAUCCCGUCCUGUCUGUGAGGAUGAUAUUCCUAUUGAUCCAACAUCUAUUAGCAGUCCAUCUGAUUUGAUUGCUCUUGAACAGAGAGCCGCUGAUCGUGGCAAGAAACAGAAAACUAAUGUCACUGCUAGGGAAUACUACUGUUAUAAGUUUCAGAUGAGGAGUAACGAUGACUCCAUGUUGUUACAUGCCCUGAGACUGUUACAGCAAUAUGUCGUUGAUAUCUAUGUUAAAAUAGAGACAUCUAGGCUUGAUUUUCACAGACAGAAACAAAAUACCAUUCGGACUGAAGCUCUUCAAGGAAUAAUGGAUAGUGUCUCUUUAGGCCAAACAUCAGGUGCUAGAGUUGGCCGGUGGAUAUAUUUACCGGCUUCGUUUCUUGGAGGACCGCGAGAAAUGAGGCGUAGGUAUCUUGAUGCAAUGGCUUUAAUGCAAAAAUAUGGAAAGCCUGACAUUUUCUUGACCAUGACAUGCAAUCCACUGUGGCCAGAAAUUCAGGAACAUUUAAAGUACAAAGAGAAACCUCAAGACAGACCCGAUCUUUUAGCUAGGGUGUUCAGGGCAAAGUUUGAACUGCUGAAAACAGAGUUAGUUACAAAGAAACUUUUUGGAGACGUUGCAGCCUAUGUUUAUGUUAUUGAAUUCCAAAAAAGAGGCUUUCCUCAUGCUCACCUACUGCUUAUAUUGAAACCACAGUUUAAGCCUCUGAAUCCAGAAGCCUAUGAUAAAAUUGUAUCUGCUGAGUUGCCUAAUCGCAAAGAACAUCCUCAUCUUUAUUCUCUUGUUGUAAGGCACAUGAUACAUGGGCCUUGUGGAAAAAUGAACAAAAACAGCCCUUGUACGAAGAACGGUGUUUGUAAAAAUCACUAUCCAAAAGGGUAUUCUGAACAUACGACUCACGGUGAGGAUAGCUAUCCAAACUAUCGCAGACGAAAUGAUGGCAAACAAAUCAGAGUCAAAGGCUAUGAUUUGGAUAAUAGGUGGAUCAUCCCAUAUACUCCAUACUUGCUAGCUUUGAUUGAUUGCCACAUCAACAGGGAAAUCUGUUCAACUAUCAAGUUAGUUAAGUAUUUAUACAAAUACAUAUUUAAAGGCCAUGAUCUUGUAAACUUCCACAUCAUAGCUGAUGAAACACCUCAAGAUGUUGAUGAGAUCAAGGAGUUUCAGCGAGGUCGAUGGGUUUCCCCUCCGGAAGCUUUGUGGCGAAUUUAUGCAUUCCGCUUGAAUGAAAUGACCCCUGCUGUUUACAGUCUUCAGGUUCAUCUUCCUGGUCACCAAUAUGUUUCAUUUAAUCAGGAUUCUGACCUUUCGCAGCUCCUAAAAAAAAUUGAUUUCUCAAAAACUAUGUUAACUGAGUUCUUUAGAAUGAACCGUGUAAACAAGAAAGCUCAGCAUCUCAGAUGCUUGUACACAGAUUUUGCUCAGCACUUUGUGUGGACGCCUUCUAAAAAAAACUGGACAGAAAGAAGCAAGCAAAAGGUAAUUGGCAGGUUAGUCACUGUUAAACCAAACGAAGGUGAUAGGUAUUAUUUAAGACUUCUUCUCUCGCAUGUUCGCGCUCCUACAUCCUUUGAUGACUUGUUAACAGUUAAUGGAUGUAAACUGAAUUCAUUUAGAGAGGCUGCUUUAGAGUUUGGCCUCUUAGAAUCUGAUUCUUACAUUGAGGCAACACUUGAAGAAGCUGCUGGCUUUCAGAUGCCUUCUUCGCUUAGAUUUUUAUUUGCUACUUUGCUGUUGCAUUGUGUACCAGCAAAUCCAAGUCUUUUGUGGGAAAAAUUUGAACUAGAGCUUUCUAGAGACUUUGAACGCGCGCAGGAACGAAGUCAUUGUUCACAUGCUGAAAUAAGGCAGAAGGUCCUGUUAGAUAUUAACAAAUCACUCCAGCAUAUGGGGAGGCAUAUCAGUGACUACAAGUUGGUUGUAGAUUCUGUUACUCUUAGCUGUCAUGAAAGCAUGACUAAAGAAGUGGACAAUGAAAGGAAUAUUGUGGUGUCACCGAAAGAUCUCUUAAUAGCUUCAAGGUUAAAUUCAGAACAAGCGCAUGCUUAUGAUUUGAUAUUGCAGACUGUUUUUUCGUCCAAAGGCCAGAGCUUUUUCAUUGAUGGCCCGGGGGGGACGGGAAAAACAUUUUUAUAUCGUUCUCUUCUUGCGACUCUUAGAUCACAAGGAUAUAUUGCAAUAGCUGUAGCGACUUCAGGAGUUGCAGCAUCACUUCUUCCUGGAGGAAGAACUGCUCACUCCAGAUUUAAAAUUCCAUUGGACUUUUCGAAGAAUAAAACCUAUUAG